AUGCCUCGUCGCUCCUUGAAGGCUUCAGGCUUCAAUGUAACAGACAUCGGUUGCUGGGACAAGAAAGUGCACCGCGAACUCGCCUUGCUACAGGCGGAAAUUCAGAAACUCGAGUCUGCGGGUAAUGGGUCUAAUCCUGCGCUUAACUCCAGCGGUACUCGAUCUGGCCGGUGGUUUACUGAGUCUUCUAAAAUUUACUCUGAGACCGUAUUUGAGCACGUGGACGAAUCGCCAACCAAGACGGCCCAUAUCCUGAAAGGCAUGAAGACUGGUCGGUCCUCUUUACGGGGAGUAACUGACCGUCUGUUCUGGGGUAGAUAUUAUUAUUGA